CGGACACCCUGGAGCCCCUUCCCCCGGCUCCACCACACAUGCUGGCUGCGGUGUUUGAAGGCAUGAUUCCUGCUGACAGUGACAGUGAGUGCUUCAAUCUGCAGAGUCACCCGAUGGAUGUGACGGAUGUGUGCAGGUUUCAGCUGUCUGUUAACAAGCUUCAGUAUGUCCAAACCAAGAGACUACAGCAGCCAGUCCUACACCCCCAGCAGCUCAGGACCGAGCAAAAGCUACCCGACCGCCGACAAAUCCAGGGAGAAGGACGACAUGGUUGGACUCAACGACAAGUUCGUCAGGCUGAUUGACAAGGUAAAACACCUGGAGAAUGAGAACAAAAAGCUGGAUACAAAGCUGAAGAUCCUGAAGGAGAAGGACGACUACGAGGGGAAAAUCGACGACCUCGUAAAGCAGAUGGAGAACACGAUGGAGGAGCAGAUCGAGAACUUGAUCCGCGACCAGGAAAAACUGCAGGCUGAACUGCUCAAGAAGCAGGAGGAGGUGGAGGACACCAAGAAAAGCUAUGAGGACGAGUUACAAAAGAAAAUUGACCUGGAGAAUCAGUUUGUUGUCCUAAAAAAGGAUGUAGAUGAAGGUCACUUGGAGGCAGUUGAUGUGGUUCUGGAGCUGGAAGAACUGAUGGAAAAACUGGACUUCCUUAGGGCUGGCUAUGAUGAGGAGAUCAAGGAGCUGCAGUCGCAAGUCCAGAACGAGACACUGGUGUUACAUGACGACAGCAAGCGUUCUCUGGACAUGGACGAGAUUAUUGAGAGCGUCAGGAAGCAGUAUGCCAACGUGGCCGCACGCACCAGAGAGGAAGCCGAGUACUGGAACAAGAAGAAGAUGGAUGCCAUGGUACUCAGCGCAGGACAGCGUGAGCAGGAGGUGCGUGAUUUAAAGAGGGAGAUCUCAGACAUGGUGCGCCACAUCCAGAGGCUCAACGGGGACCUGGAAGCUCUCAUAAGGAAGGAAGAGGCCCUGAUGAAAGAAAUAAACGAUUUGAGGUCAGAGGGCGACGAUAACCUGGAGAAGGCCCGGGAGGACAUCGUCCAGCUGGAGGAGGCUUUGAGGCGGGCUAAGCAGGACUUGGCAGGGCAGAUCCGCGAAUACAAUGACCUGAUGAACCUCAAGAUGGCCCUGGACAUCGAGAUCGCCACCUACCACAAGCUGCUGGAGGGCGAGGAGCAGAGAAUGAAUGACCUCAUGCGCCACGCAGACGUUCAGCUGCCACAGAAGCCGCGAGACCCAAAACCCACCGUCAUCCCAGCAGAGACCGUCAUCCCUGCAGAGACCAUCAUCCCAGCAGAGACCAUCAUCCCAGCAGAGACCGUCAUCCCAGCAGAAACCAUCAUCCCUGCCGAGACCGUCAUCCCAGCAGAAUACCCCGACUACUCCAACAAAUGCCUGGUGAUCCGGGUGGAGGUGGAGGCGGGCAGAGUCGUGUCUGAAAGCUCCCAUUACACUUAGGAUUGACUGGCUGUGCCCAUCACCCUUCCGCUUGUAUUUCAUUAUAUCCAUAAAAUGUGAAUUAAAGGAAAAAACUUCAAACUAAUUUAAAUUAAAUUAUAUUACGGUCAAAUUAUCUUAUAUUGAAUGCUUCAACAAUAAUCAUGACAGUGACUUUCAGUGCCAUAAUCAUUAUCCUUGUGCUUUCUGACGCAGUGAACAGUCUGACUGUUGCUUCUGGGCAGGUUGGAGGUUUUUUUCUAUGAACUGUGCUUGAAGUUGGAGACAUUUAUUUUCUAUCAAGCUUUGUUUUUAUAAAGGCUUUCUAUCUUUGUUUACAUUUGCAAAGACCUGUGGUGUUCCCGGUAUCAUUAGUGUGUUUUUAAGCUUGCAGUUGCUUCUCUCAUACCUUUCUGGGCUACAGCUUAAUGAAGUGAACCAUAAAAUGAGGACAGCUGAAGGAGGGUUUCUGCUCUGCUUACAUAUCAAGAAGAACAUAUGCAAAGAUGCUUCUACAGGGCACAUUGUGGGGAUGCAAGAUGACUCUGGGGGGAGCAACUGCAUGCUUGACAUCUGGCUUUACGUCUUCUGAAUACAAAAACAGCAACAAAUAAAGACAAUCCUUUUUGUUGACGUUUCACUGGUGCUAUGUGUGUGACAUCUUUGCCGAAUGCGAUAAAUGGAAAUGUUCCUUUGCAAGCCUGAAAUUCUGUUAAUCUCUGGAACUUUUUACUCGUCACUCACAUUUCUGCACUUUUGUACCUCAAAAAUGUCAAAUCAACAACAAGGAAAUCAGAAGACAUUGCAGAGUUUACUGUUGCUGUGACAAGCAUUUGCAGUGGAAUACAUUUAAUCAAUAAAGCAACAUGAACAACA